CGCUGUCUGUGGUGCUGGACUGGCACUGGUCACGUGUUCCUCGAGCGCUUAGACCCAUGGCACGUCCACAGCGUUGCGCUAUAGCGGUCCAGGAGCAGCCGCUUAUCGCUCCUCUAUUGGGUUAGAUGGUUUCCUCACGUCCCUCAUUCAUGUGUGCUGCUUGAGGAGGGGGAGGGGCGGCAGGGAUUCCCACGAAGGGAAGGGGUUACAAAUAUCGCGUUGCUGCCGUCCAGUCUGCAGUUUGGGGGAAGUGAAGAUAGAUCACAAACAAGAGAGGAACCACGGAAGAUGAAUGAACGCGACAGUACGUAAGGGACGCUUUGUAAGUUAUGUUUUCUGGACCGGACAGACUGAAACACCGCACCGUACCAGCGCUAGUUUCUCAUACUAUCAGCCCGGACAAGAAACAUGAGACGAGGGCACCAGCGAACCACAGCCCCGCUCUGAGCUCCGAACACCCCGUUCUUUGUAGCUGCAGACGCACAAGAGAAACAAGAUCGCGUUUCUUUGCAUGAUGAAGCCAUCCUACGCAAGUGUGUGUUUAUAAACUCUGAUAUCGUGCGUUUUAUCCACGAAUGAUGGCAGUUCCGCCCCGUGCGCCCUUCCGACGUGUCACGGGACCUUCUGGAGCACUCUCCCGGUGGCUCUGAAUGAUCUGGUGAAGCAGACACUUUGUGGAGUAGUGUGCUGUUCGUAAACGGGAGUCCCAGCCAUGGAUGACUCGGGAAUAAUAAGACGACGUAGGCUGCAGGAUUUGCCCCUGCCCCGCAAGAACAGCAGCUGUCGUGCCAGUAACAGGAAGAGUUUGAUCCUGACCACCACGUCUCCCACAAUGCCACGGCCACACUCACCCCUGCCCCUCCCUGGACAUCUUGGAAGCAGCCCCCUGGACAGCCCCCGAAACUUCUCCCCCAGUAAUCCGGCUCACUUCUCCUUUACCUCAUCCAGAAGAGCGGAUGGCAGGAGAUGGUCCCUGGCGUCCCUGCCCUCAUCCGGAUAUGGCACCAACACACCCAGCUCCACGUCAUCUAGUUCGUCCCAGGAGCGUCUGAACCAGCUGCCUUUCCAGCCCACCAUGGAAGAGCUGCACUUUCUGUCCAAACAUUUUGGCAGCUCGGAGAGUAUCACAGACGAUGAUGGGGGGCGCUGUUCACCUCACAUGAGACCACGCUCGCGCAGUCUCAGCCCGGGACGGUCCUCCUCCUGCUAUGACAAUGAGAUAGUGAUGAUGAACCAUGUGUACAAAGAGCGCUUUCCUAAGGCCACCACUCAAAUGGAGGGGCGCCUGGCUGAGUUCAUCAAAGUCUACUCUCCGGACAAUACUCUUCCUUUGGCUGAUGGAGCACUGAGCUUCAUUCACCACCAGAUCGUUGAACUUGCCCGGGACUGCCUCGCUAAAGCCCAGGAAGGCCUCAUCACAUCGGUCUACUUCUUUGAACUGCAGGAGAACUUGGAGAAACUCAUCCAUGAAGCCAUUGAGCGAUCGGAGAGUGCAGAGGUCACAUUCAUCACAGAGAUGGUGAAGAAACUGCUCAUCAUUAUCUCCAGACCGGCACGACUUUUGGAGUGUCUGGAGUUUAACCCAGAGGAGUUCUACCAUCUGCUGGAAGCCGCAGAGGACCACGCCAAAGAGGGACACCUCAUGAAGACUGAUAUUCCUCGCUACAUCAUCAAUCAGCUGGGUCUGACCCGGGACCCUAUUGAAGAGAUGGUGAACCUGGACAGUUACGACAGCGAGGGCCCAGUGACGCCUGAGACAGAUGACUCCACUGAGGGAAAAAUAAAAACGAUGAAGCCUCCAGGAGAAGCCGACUUCCAGACCAUCAAGCUGAUCAGUAAUGGAGCAUAUGGGGCGGUGUAUCUAGUGCGACAUCUGGAGACUCGGCAGCGUUUCGCCAUGAAGAAGAUCAACAAACAAAACCUGAUGCUGAGGAACCAGAUCCAGCAGGCCUUUGUGGAGCGGGAUAUCCUGACCUUCGCUGAGAACCCCUUUGUGGUCUCCAUGUUCUGCUCCUUUGAGACCAGGAGGCACCUUUGCAUGGUUAUGGAGUAUGUGGAAGGUGGAGACUGUGCCACUCUUCUGAAGAACAUUGGCGCUCUGCCUUUGGAAAUGGCACGGCUUUACUUUGCAGAGACUGUGCUGGCUUUAGAAUACCUGCACAACUACGGCAUUGUGCAUCGUGACCUCAAACCUGACAACCUUCUGAUAACAUCAAUGGGCCACAUCAAACUGACUGACUUUGGCCUGUCUAAGAUCGGGCUGAUGAACCUCACCACAAACCUGUACGAAGGGCACAUUGAGAAGGAUACCCGGGAGUUCCUGGAUAAACAAGUGUGUGGUACUCCGGAGUACAUCGCCCCAGAGGUCAUCCUGCGUCAGGGGUAUGGUAAACCCGUGGACUGGUGGGCCAUGGGCAUCAUCCUCUAUGAGUUCUUAGUGGGCUGUGUUCCUUUCUUUGGAGACACUCCUGAAGAGCUGUUUGGACAAGUCAUCACUGAUGAUAUAGAGUGGCCUGACGGGGAUGAAGCUCUGCCUAUUGAAGCACAGGACCUGAUCUCCUCUCUGCUGCAGCCUAACCCGCUCAUUCGACUGGGCACCGGUGGUGCAUUUGAGGUAAAGCAGCAUCCAUUCUUCUCAGAGGUAGAUUGGAACAGCCUGCUCCGACAGAAAGCAGAGUUCAUCCCUCAUCUGGAGUCUGAAGAGGACACCAGUUACUUUGACACUCGUUCUGAGCGUUACCACCACAUUCACUCAUACGAUGAGGAUGACACUAAUGAUGAUGAACCCGUGGAAAUCCACCAUUUCCAGUCCUGCUCCCCUCGCUUCAGCAAGGUCUACAGCAGUAUGGAGCACCUGUCUCAGCUGGAACAUAAGCCCCAUGGUGUCACCCUCCGAGAGCACAAGGGCCCGCGGGAGGACAGGGUGGAGAGGAUGGCCAAGAGGGAGAGUCUGGGCAGCCUCACACUCCGAGACAAGAGCUGGAGGACUGGAUCACCAGAACUAAAGCGCCUGUCUUGCUCGGAGUCAUCAUUCACAGAGAGUGACUCCAGCCCUCCUUCUGGAGUCAGAAGGAGGUUCUCUGCUUUGAUGGAUUCACACAGACUGGCCUCAGAUCCAGAGCAGAGCAAGCAGAGCACAGGGAAGACCAGGGGCUCGUCACUAGAGGGCGCUACAGGUGGUGGAAACAACCAGGGAGAUUUGAGGGCAUUUAUGAAAGAGAGUGCAACGAUCACAUCAGGCGACAAGUUGCUCAGACCGGACACUUCUCUGCCUCUGCCAGUCAGUGCCACAGUCCUGGGACUUCCAGACGCUCAGGGGCCUCGAGGGGCCAUCACUGACCUGGUCCUGCGCAGAGCUCACCACCACCAGCUCACCACAGAGGGAGAAAAACGUAAAGUCAUCAAAUCUGCCUCUGCCACUGCUCUUUCUGUCAUCAUUCCUGCUGUUGAACAACAUGGAGCAUCCCUGGCUAGCCCCAUGUCCCCUCGCUCUCUCUCUUCCAACGCCUCGUCCAGAGACUCCUCCCCCAGCAGGGACUACUCCCCCAUGGUCAGCAUCUUACACUCCCCCAUCACCAUCCACCGCUCAGGCAAAAAGUAUGGCUUCACCCUCAGGGCCAUCAGAGUCUACAUGGGGGACAGUGAUGUGUACAGUGUUCAUCACAUGGUUUGGCAUGUAGAGGAGGGUGGUCCUGCUCAGGAGGCAGGGCUGAGUGCAGGUGACCUCAUCACUCAUGUGAACGGAGAGUCAGUCCAUGGGCUUGUCCACACAGAGGUGGUGGAGCUCAUUCUCAAGAGUGGGAACAAGGUGACCGUUACAACCACACCAUUUGAGAAUACCUCUAUUAAAGUCGGUCCUGCUCGCAAGACCAGCUAUAAAUCCAAAAUGGCUCGCCGCAGUAAGAGGAGCGGCGCCAAGGAGGGACAAGAUAAGAAACGCAACUCGUUGUUCCGUAAAAUCACCAAGCAGGCGAACCUGCUCCACACCAGCCGCAGCCUGUCCUCUCUGAACCGCUCCCUGUCAUCUGGAGACAGUCUCCCCGGGUCCCCCACACAUGGCCUGUCUGCGCGCUCCCCCACGCAGAACUACCGCACCAACAUCGAAUCAUCUUAUAUGGGCAACUCAUCUCAGAGCAGCUCCCCGGCCUCCAGCACCCCGAACUCCCCCGCUACCUCCCACCACAUGAGGCCCAGCUCCCUGCAUGGCCUCUCCCCCAAACUGCAUCGCCAGUACCGCUCAGCUCGCUGCAAGUCUGCCGGCAACAUCCCCCUAUCCCCCUUAGCCCACACCCCCUCCCCCACCACAUCAUCUCCUCCUCCGCUCUCUGGACACUCUGUGGGCAGCUCCAAUACAACUCAGACCUUCCCUGCCAAACUCCACUCUUCUCCCCCGGUGUCGCGACCUCGCCCCAAAAGCGCAGAACCACCCAGAUCCCCUUUACUGCAGAGGGUGCAGUCGGCAGAGAAGCUAGGGGCCCCUAUCCUUCCAUCUUCAUCUUCCUCCUCAUCCUCACCUUCUCCUCUGACUGGUGGAGUCUCCCUGCGCAAACACAGCUUGGAGGUGACCCAUGGUGACUACAGAAGGGAGUCAUUUCACUGUGAACAUAGCUUACAGAGUUUGCUAGAAAUUGAAGGGGAAAAUGGACCUGCUCCUCCCUCGCCAUCAUCUUCAUCAUCCCCAUCACCACCACUGGGAGGAGAAAUCACAGGGUUAAAACCUUCACGGAGAAUGGGACGACAAGAAUCUCCUCUGAGUCGCGAAUCUAUACUCACAACUACAGAGAAAGACACUCAAGCGGUUGAACUUAAAGGGCCACUAACCUGCAACGCAGAUGCCAGUACUGUGAGGAGUACAUCUACAACACAUGUAGAAAAAACAUUGGAAGCUGCAGCUGAAACAAAAUCUGGCAAUGUGGAUAAAGGCACAGUCAUUAAGAGUUCACAGUCUGAGUCAGCAGUCUCAAAGAGUAAUGAAAAAAGUGACAGGCAGCAAAGUGCGCAAGCAGACAGCGUGACAAAAACUAAAAAGCAAGAUGGCAAGCAGGCAGAAUGUGGAGCUAGUGAAAAGACAGAAGACAGCAAGACAGACCACGUGACUAAAAGUAAGCAGCAGGAUGGUAAACAACAAAAUGCACUCACAGACCAGGCAAAUAAAAACAAACAACAAGACAGUAAGCAACAAAUUACACCAGUGGAAAAUGCUGCUAAGGCAAAACAGGAUGGCAAGCAACCGAGCCUGCCCACAGACCAAUCAUCUAAAGCUAAACAAGAUAGUAAGCAGCUAAGUGCACUGGGUGAAAAUUCUAAUAAGGCUAAGCAACAAGACAACAAACCUCAAAGUGUGCUAACUGACAGUGGUAGUAAAGCUAAGGACAAGGUUGAAGAUAAAACAAAAACUACACCUGUGUCUGACAAGGCAAGCUCCCAGAAAAAUGCAGAGCCCAUUGCAGCCAAGUCACGCAAAAGUUCAGACACAUCAGAAAAGGCAGAAGGCACAGAAAAAAGUCUAACUACCAAAUCGAAAGGACAAGCACCACCAGCACCAACGCAGGUUCAAGCUGGAAUUACACAUGCUUCAGCAAGGAACAAAUCUGAGAAGCAGUCAGCCAGUAGCUAUCGUACAGGUAAAGACGAGAGAGCUCACUUAGAGGCCCUAGAAGAAAACCCAAUGUCUCCAUCUUCUUGUACGCCCUCACCAUCCUCAAGCAAAUCCAGGCCUAUGUCUCCUGGAGAUAAAAACAGCUUUGUAACUCAACUCACAAGUGUGGCCAAAACUGUACUGGGGCCAAUCAAAGGGGGGUCACAAGAAGGGGUUAAAGUCAAAGACAAAAUCAGUGAAGAAAAGAAAGGAAAUGCAGCAGGAAAAUCUGAGAACGGAGGUGGGCGGAGAGGUGGUCAGUCUGCCCAGUCUGAUAAAACGAACAGCCGAAGCGCCAAGCAUCACUAGUGACAAAGACUUUUCCCACAGACUUUCCCAUGUAAUGCCUUUUACUGUAGCGCCAUACCAACAUAUCAUAAUUAACUGAAAGGGACAAAAUAUCUGAAAAUAAAAGAAAAUGCUUGAAAGACCAAAAAGAUUUUCAAAUAAAGUUGUGAACAAACAGCAUUAGCUCCUGUGGCUAUCAUUAAACAGGCCUGUGUAUGUCCUGAGCACUACAUUGUGUAUAGUUGCAUAGUAAUGCGCGUAUGUCUUAAUGCAUGUUUGACAUUGUACAUGAAUAAUACUGAAAAGGGAAGGUAAAGUGGACCUUAAAGGAGUUAACACUGUGAACAUUUUAAGACAUUUCACCACAGAAAAUGUAUGAAAACUGGAUUCUGUCAUCAGAUAUUUUUGUGAGAAGAUUACAGCAAAUGUUCAUUGUUUGUGAAAUAUGCCGUUUAACAUAAAUCUUAACAAUCUGGCAUCAAAGGUCAUUAAUAUGAUAUUAAGAGCCUGACUGAAAAUAUUUCUAAAUUAUAGAAAACGUUCCCUACUUAUGAAAUAAGAAAACCUUGAAGAAGGACAUUUUGAGAAACUUUUAGUUUUUUAGUUAGUAAAUAAACAUGUGACAAUAGUUGGCAGAAGUUGAAAAAAGAAACCAGUUUUCAUAUGGACAAAUCCAGUACCAUGCUUUUGUCAGUUCAAUCUGUCAUAAUACCACAAUUCCCUCUUCCAUGUUAGUGUGGGUUUUUCAAUUCCCCAGAGUCCACUUUACAGUUAAGAUCACCCCCGACAUGGACCAAGACACCAAAUCGUUCCUAAUGGCGUUUGUUUGGGAUCUGUUUAAAGGGCUGCAUUUCUGUGGUAGAUGAGAUGAACUUGCACAGGGGCACCAUGCUAAUUUCCUAUCAAUUUUGGUGUCCCCGGGUUUUAUGUUUACAUUUGGGACUUUGAGAAGCAGUUAAUGAGAAAGAAAAGGGUUGCAAUAAUCCAAGCAAACAUACAUCCAUCAUGGUGAUAUAUGUGCAGUUUUAUACCUUAGCCUUUUGUGUGAAUAUAUAGCAGAAAUGUUAUUGCAGAUUUUUGAGUUAUUUCAAAUACAGAAAGUGCGCCACGUACCACAAAAUCUAGCACUUAUCAACAAAUAGGCUACAAGUAACCACUCACUCUUUUUCUAUCCAUUCAAAUAUAUGUAAUUUUUAUUGCUAUGUGUAAAAAAGUGCCAGUGUUUUAUUUAGGGAUAUUGUGCUAUUUUUGUUUACAAUAUGUAGAAUAUUAUGCAAUCCAACAGUGCCCGGUUCUACCAAACUGAGCACCAACCUGGUCAGUUGUAGAUUAAUAAAAAAAAAAAAGAAAAAAGCCUGGAUUAGAUUGUCAGUUUAGUGGUGAGUUUGUGAUUGUCUAAGAUGUUAGAAAAUAAAAGACAAUUGUGGAUAGAUGGCUCAGAGUUGUAUAAGACUGCCACCUGGUGGACUAAAUCAGACCAAAAGAUUGACAAAUAUUUUCAAUUGUAAAAGAUGUCUUCUUGUGAAUAUCUCAGUCUUUUGAUUCUGGUAGAAAAAGAAAAAAGAUGAACACAUAUUCCAUAAAUGUCAUAGUGUAUCCAAUGUAAUGGUUUAAAACAUAUUUAAACCAUCAUUAGUGCACUGACUGAUUUUGUGUUAUGUGAUAAAAUUGCACUUUAUUUUGUGCUAUUUAGCCUAUUUCUAUGUUUUAUUUAUAACAUUUUAUUUAUUAUUUUACAUCUUUGUAUUCAUAUUUUGAUUUGUCAUGUUUUCAAAUAUGAGGAUUACCAAAUCCAUUUGGUUUACCGUUAAGAUUAUUAUUCCUUGAAGCUAAAAGGUACCAUGUCAUGUCUGCUCUGUGUUCUGUACAUCAACAACUAUCUCUGAAUAUUGUUGCUCUUUUUCAUUCUGUUGGUACCUAAUUGCUAGCCAUUGUUGUGAAAAAUACAUUGCAAAAAAGCCACAC